CGGUGCUGUGGACGCGGCGGACUGGAGAGAGCUCUCAUUCUGAACACUUCUUCGCUACGGUGGACUUCAACCCGGGAGGAAACUCUCCUCCGCUCAAGCCCGACACCACUCCGGGUGAAUGAAGGUCUCCGUCCAUGCGGAGGCUAGCGCUGGUUCUUCUGCCCUGUGCUGUCGCCGUGCUGGUGCACUUGUGGUUCGCUCACCGACGGUCCUACACCCCGCUGGACGACGACACAUUCCCGGAUGGGGUGGUACCGUUCUAUGAAGUUCUGGUGGGAGUUUUAUCUGCCAGACAUCACCAGGAGCUGCGACAAGCUAUAAGGGACACCUGGCUGGGCUACCUGCGACGUCACCCUCACUUCCAGCACAGAGUGGGGGUGAAGUUUAUCGUGGGCAAACAUGGGUGUCCCAUCCCAGAGGAGGACAGAGAGGACCCUUACUCCUGCUCUCUAUUCAACAUCACAGAGCCAGUAAUAGGGCAGGACGCGGAAAAAGAAAUGGUGAUGGUGUCCGACCCCGCCAUCCUCGUCUCAUCUGAUGUUUCUACUGUUGCGCUGGAUUUUAAGGUUCUCCACCCGGUGGUGAUCACCAGGUUGGGGGUGUUUCCCCGAUGCACUCAGCCUGAGCUUCAGAGCAACGUGACAGUGAAGCUCCUCCAACUGGAUCAGGAGGAGGCUGUGGUAACCGCUCGCUUCAGCGCCAUCAACACAGGGACCCUCAUGAGCGGAAUAUGGUACAAACCAGUGGAGCAGUUCAUCUUGCCCAAGGGUUUUGAGGGCACACUGGUGUGGGAGAGUUCGGACUUGGACGGACUGACAGUCAACUCAUCUUGUGUGCAACUCAAUGAUGGAGGAGGCGUCCUUAAGUUCUCCUCCAUUGCAGAAGGCAUACUGCCCCACAGAAGCGCUCUUGGAUUUCCUGGUUUGGCUGGAGGUUUCACCUUCACCAUUUACGACGGGGACAAUCUGUCAGAGCUCCUGCGGGGUCGUCCAGCCAGGAUGGAGCGCCAUGCCUCGGUGCUGAGGCAGGAGGAUGCUGCCUUGCAGCAGGAGAGCCUGAGGCACAACGACAUGGUGUUUGUGGACGUGGUGGACACCUACAGGAACGUGCCUUCCAAACUGCUUCAGUUCUAUAAAUGGUCUGUGGGCAAUGCUGACUUUAAUCUGCUCUUGAAGACUGACGACGAUUGUUACAUUGACAUGGAUUCAGUAUUAAUGAAGAUUGACCAAAAGGGUCUCAAGCGCAGCCAUUUUUGGUGGGGAAAUUUCAGGCAGAGCUGGGCAGUGGAUCGCAUUGGGAAGUGGCAGGAGCUGGAGUACGCCAGUCCCGCCUACCCGGCCUUCGCAUGUGGCUCUGGCUAUGUGGUGUCACAUGACCUGGUUCAGUGGCUUGCCAGUAACGCAGAGAGUCUAAAGGCCUACCAGGGAGAAGAUGUAAGCAUGGGCAUAUGGAUGGCAGCUGUUGGACCACAGAAGUAUCAGGACCCCAGUUGGCUGUGUGAAAAAGAAUGCUUCCUGGACAUGCUGUCAUCACCACAACACACAGCAGAGGAGCUGCGUGUCCUGUGGGACAGGAGGAGGGCGUGUGGGGACCCCUGUGGGUGUCCUUGGGGAGGCUAAGGUCUGGAUUACACCCAACAUGCAGCACUGCGUAAAAACACGCUUUUGACUUCAUGGCUUCUGUGAUUCUUUUUUUUGUACCUCAAGUUGACAUUCUCACCGAUUUUGUUGUUUAAAGGGGACCUAUAAUGAUUUUAUCUACAUUUAACACACUUUUUUGUGGUCUACAAAAUAUGUAUUAGAUAUGCUUUGGUGUCCAUUUUGCUCCACUGUGACAUUCGAACCUGUUUUCUGAAUCUGUCUGUAAAUGGUUGUUGCACACUGGUUGCAAAUGAAACCCUUCACGCCCCACCCUCUCCAAAAUUAUUUAUCAUUUCUAUGUUUACUUUUAAAUAUAUAUCUCGAAGACAAACAUCACCGCUAUUCUUUUUUGUUACGGUCGAUAAUAAACUUAAUAAACAGUAUAUAUAGAUUCACAAAAAUAGGCAUACCAUGUGUGGUGCACAAUGCUGCAUAAAAUAAGCUGCAUUUACCAGCAUUUAUGUCACUGCAUGUCGCAUGUCGGUUUUAUUGUGCGCAUGCCACGAUUAAAUUAAAAUAAUACUUUAUCUUACCUUCUCUCUUGUGUGCCCUCACACCAAGUAGUAAUGUCGCAAUGGUGCCAUUUUUUUCAACGUAAUUUAGCAGUUAAUCCAACUUUGUAUUUACUUGUCCAUGUUGACAAAAGAGUCCCGUGUAAAAUGUCGUGGACAAACGCUGGAGGCUUCCAGCAGCUACCAACAAUCUCGGCACGAGAACAGAGCAGAGAGGAGGGCCCUGGCAGGGAGCAUGUCCCGGUCCUAGAAUUGCUCACCUUAGUACUUCCACCACACUGUGACAUCACUGUGCCCAAUUUAAAAAAAGACAAAACACAGUGUUGAGAGGCAUCCAAAACUGCGUGCAAGCUCAGGCCCAAAUGUAUCAGGGUAUCCGUGGGGUCUUAAAAAGUCUAAAAAAAAGUCUUAAAUCCAAUAAUUUGAAUUUAAGGCCUUAAAAUGUCUAAAAUUCUCCUAACAUCUCAUUAAAGGUCUUAAAUACGAUUUUGAAAGGUCUUAAAGAUCUAUUGACGUUACUUUUAUUUAAAACAUACAUAAACUUCAGUCUCGCUUUGAAAUGUUUUGAUUUUUGAGGACGCUAUAAUGUAACCACAUAUCGGAACUAACUGUGCUGUUUGGUCAGAAUUUAUCGAACACCACCAGCUACUGAUGUGCUCGCGCAGCUGUGUUAGCAUAGCAGCGAAGAAAGCUUUAAACAGAACAGAAUUACAGUACUUGCAUGCAUAGGUAAGUAGGAGUUUAAUGAUUUGUGGCUUCAGGACGAACAGUUCAGUGCAUGGUUGAAGCCGAUGGAGGGAAACGCAUAUGAAGCACACUGCACUUUGUGCAAGAAAACUUUAAAACUUGGAACAUUGGGCAUCAAGGCAUUGAAAUCCCAUUGCAAAUCGGAAAAGCACAAGACGGUCAUAAAAUGCCAGCAGAAAACGCCGUCAAUCAACCACUAUUACUCCACAUCGAGAGCCAGGGCAUCGAGGUCCAGUGCGACCCAGUCUGCUGCAACUCCAGUCGACCUCCGGACAGCGUUAGGGUCUACACCAACAGAGAACAUUGAUGAGCUGUUCCAGAUUAUGUUCCCGGAUUCAGAGAUAGCAAAAACAUUUAAGUGUGGAAAAGACAAGACGGCGUUCAUAGCACAAUUUGGAUUAGCCGAUUACAUCAAGAGAGACCUCGUCUCCAAAGUUAAGGGCCUGUUCGUGCUGAUGUUCGACGAGAGCCUGAAUCAUCUGAUAUCAUUAUCCAACAAUUUGAGGCCUUCCUGUCCCUUGAGACCAGAAGUGAAGAGUUCCCCUCAUUCCAACCCAUGGCUAGGCGAGACACCUUCUUGUGCGGUUUCCUUCAAAGGCCCUAUCCGGAACUUUGGACAUUUUGGCAGAAGCUGCUCAUUUUGUUCCUUGGACAUUCCACUGUGGAAAGAGGUAUUUCUGUAAACAAGCAAGUUGAAACGUGUAACAUGCAGGAGGACACUGUUAUUGCGCACAGGCUUGUGUGUGAUUAUGUCACUCAACAUGGCAGGGUGACCAGGAUUCUCAUCACGAAAGAGCUCUUGACUUCUGCGGCAUCAGCCAGGUCCAAGUACCGUGUCGACCUUGAUCAAGACAGAAGGAAGAAAGAGUCUGAUGAACAGGGAAGGAAGAAGGAGUCUGAUGAACAGGGAAAGAAGAGAAAGGCUUUAGAGGAUCACCUGGAAGAACUAAAAAAGAAAAGGAAAACUGUCCAAGAGAUUUCUGAAAGUCUGGCCAGAGACAGGCUUGCAGAAGAGGCGGGGGCAAGGCGGGCACUCAGAUGGCCCAGCUCAUCACAAAGACAAAUGCUCUGAGGAGGAGCUACAAGGAAAAAUUAGCAGAGCUCAAGAAUAUUGUGGAGGAGAUUGCAGCCACGGGACAAGAGCUCAGAUAGUUCUUGUGUGCAUGCACACACAGGCACACACACACACACACACACACACACACACACACACACACACACACACACACACACACACACACACACACACACACACACACAAUGGCUGUAGAAUUUACCAAUAUAGUUUGGCAAUUUUUUUAUUCUUACUUACCGUGGAAGAGGGGUUAGUGCGUUUGCCUCACAAUACGAAGGUCCUGGGUUCGAUCCUGCGCUCGGGAUCUUUCUGUGUGGAGUUUGCAUGUUCUCCCCGUGACUGCGUGAGUUCUCUCCGGGUAAUCCGACUUCCUCCCACCUCCAAAGACAUGCACCUGGGGAUAGGUUGAUUGGCAACACUAAAUGGUCCCUAGUGUGUGAAUGUGAGUGUGAAUGUUGUCUGUCUCUCUGUGUUGGCCCUGUGAUGAGAUGGCGACUUGUCCAGGGUGUACCCCGCCUUCCGCCUGAAUGCAGCUAUGAUAGUUUCCAGCACCCCCGAGACCCCGAAUGGGACAAGCGGUAGAAAAUUGAUGGAUGGAUGGACUUCCAAACAAAUAUUGGUUCACAACGGAGAGGUUUCUGGUGUUUUUAGUUAGGUUAAGCGUUUUGUAUUGCAAUGUGAAAGAGCUGUGAAUAAAUUCAUACACUUUGCAAGUAAUUCCGGGCCUCCAAUUUUCCUUCGUCUUUUGUUCAUUUUUGCCUUUAUCGAUAUCAAAUGGGUCUUAAAUUGUAUUCAGUAUGGUCUUAAAAAAGUCUUCAAUUUGGCUUGUUAAAACCUGCAGAGACCCUGUGUAUGAACUUUAUGAUUUAAUGCUUUGGCAUUGUUUACCAUCAGUAUCCAACAUUGUAACAACAUUAACUAGUCAGAAAGGAGGAAAAUCAUCAUAGGUCCCCUUUAAGACCUCGCAAUUAGUUAGAAUAGUACGUUUUAAGCUGUACCAUAAUGUUUUGAAUUUUUUUACGAAUGUACUUUAUACAAUGAUCAGUUAUAUUCGUUUUAAUUAGUCAUUUUUGGUUUUCUGGUACUUUACUGAUAUAAACUUAGUUUGUUUGCUCCUUUUCCUGCUCUCGAAAUUUCUCAUUAACCUCAUUUCCACCAAUUUGUCCAGUUUGGUUUAGUGUUCCUUUUAGUGUGCCAUUGUAAAGAGUUCCAACAUAUCUGACCUGCUUGGUUACACUUUGUGUACCUUGUUGUUGGGGUCAGUUGCAGUGAUAGUUUGUAGAGGGAGGAGCCACAUACACUGUGGUCCUUUGACUGUCAAAAAAAGUCAAUACUGUAAAUCUCAAAGAAUGGUAGGCCGUCUGCAAAAACCAAGAAAAUGUGUGCGUAAUUGAUACGCCCAUAACCAGUUUUUUUCUGGACAAACUGCUCGCUCUUAAUCCUCCAAACCACCCUACUGGCUUAAAGUUGAUGUUCUCCUCUAAUCUUUGAUCAACAUUUGCAUUAAAAAAGGUUGAAAUUAAAAGAUUUGAUUCAUUCUCUGAAGCCUAAUCUAGUUAUCAAGCGGCAGACGCCAACAAGCUAAAUGCACACUCUAAGUUUAACAUUUAUUAAAGUAAACAUUAUACAAUGUUUAGAUACUUACCACUAAUGAAAAGACAAGGAUGAUGGAUAGAACUGAAGGGAUCGGAGUCAGAGUCAAGCCUGUUAAACGUGCUUACGUUUGUUGUGGGGGUGCCUCCAGCUCUCUCUGAAGUGGGGAGUGGUGUAGAAGGUGUUUCUACAUGAUUCACACCUUUUGACUGCUCUAGUGACAACUUAUAUAUUAUAUAUAUUAAAUAUUAAAUCAAAUAUUAACUAUAUUAACUUCUGCUAACUUACUGCAAGUUGUAAAGAAUGUAGAAGCUGUAAAAAAAACUAAUAUUAUGAUUUGUUAUCAUGUAUUUUAAACAUGUAACACCUUGAGACAAUGAGACAUAUUUUCUGUGGGAAAAACUGCCUCUCUUUUCAGGAAAAAAAUUGUCAAAAAUAUUUUUUUAAAUAAUUUUUUGACCAGAAUUUGGUGACAUUUUUAAGGUUGCAAAUGCAAAAUCAAAUAAAAAUGUUUUGUUGUUAAUUUAAAAUACUGUAGCUAACGGUAAAUAUUUAAAUCUGUUUUAUAUUAAAAGGGAACUUCACUUUUUUGGAAUUUUGCCCAUCGAUCACAAUCAUUAUGAGAGACACGAUGAUUGAUGUUAUUUUUUUUAAUGCAUUCUAAAUAUGAAAUAAAUGCGAUCAAAAGUCCAUUUACAAUAGAGCUUAUGGGAGCCGCUUAAUUAUGGUUAUAAUGCCCUUUAAAACAUCCAAACACCUCCAUUAAGGUUGUAUAUACAUGAUGUAAGUAUAUAUGUAAUGUAGUAUCAGGCACAUUUAUAAUAACAUUUAAUAUUUAUGUAUUUUGACCAUUUUAAGCAUACGCGGCACAUUCAUUUCAAAGAACGCAUCACGUUUGCUUUUUUUUUUUUUCCCCAUCACUGAUUAUUACUUUCUGCAGACUUCAUGAGAGCCAACAAGCAUAAUAAAACAUAAUUUACUGUGCAAGGUCUGCUAAGAUGCGGACAGGUAGGAUGUUCAUAUAUUCCCAUUUAAAUGAAGAAUAACUCACAAUCCUCGCGAAGAAAUGGGGUGCUUUGUGUCGUUCUCGCCAUGUCGGGUCCUAAAUGGCUGUUAAAGUUUACCAACUUGUCUGGUUACAUCCUCGGACAUCUACUUUGCAGGUGAGAGGCAUGAUUUAUAAUCAAUAAUAAACUUCCAGGGAGCAAGGAAGCGAGGAAACACCUCGCCAGUCGGUCAUGUCGAAAUUGUACACAAGCUUGUUAUCACAGCACCGCUAUAAAUAGUUUGCCUGCGUUAGUGCUUGUAAUAACAAUAUCACUAAUACUUGGUUAAUAUUCAAGUCACAAAAUGUAAAUGGAAUAUUGUUGGCGCUUUUUGGAUGGUUAUUUAUUGGAUUGUAUAGGCGGAAUACAGGACCUUCCAUUGGUGUUGCUGUAAGUGGACUUUUAUUUAGGUUUGUUUAUUAUUUAGAAUGCAUAAAAAAAAUUAAAAAAACAUCCGUCGUGUCUUUCAUAAUGAUUGUGAACGAUAGGCAACGCUUAAAAAAAGUGCAGUUCCCCUUUAACAGAUAAUGUCAGCACACCUGUGUUAUGUUUACUUUGUUGAAUGAAUUCCAUGUCUGCUGGUAUGGGGAUACAAUAUAGUGGAAACACAAUGAUCAGUUCGAUCAAUCCAGUUCAUAUGGUUGCUAACUGAACUGUACCACUCGGUGGAAACGUGGUUAUUGACUGCGUUAUUUGCGGAGAUAUGACAAGCUUUUCGGCACACCUACUUUGUACUGUAAGGUGUCAUUGUGCAAAGUAGCAAUGUGGCCUUACUGUAUUUGUAAUAGCAGCCUAGAUCCCACGUGGACUAAUCAUUGUACUAUUUACACCACAGACUUGGUGCAGGUCAUAAAGAAAGCUCAAAAAGAUAAAAGGUAUUUUUGUUUAUUUUAGGGGCAGAUGCAUUGAGAUUAUUGUGUUGGCUGGUAUAUGAAUUUCCAACUCCAAUGUCGACUCAACACAUGUGAAGUAACGGUCAGCAGACACAUUUUUCUGCGACUGAAAUCCGUUUUAACACCCUAAACGGAAUAUAAAGUCCUUCACAAGGCGAGUGAUAGUUGUUUUCCUGAAACUUGAAUUUAAAGGUGAACCUGUAAAAGGUUUUUGGAUCAGAUAAGCCACCGGCAGCCUUUUUAUCAAUUAUCAUGAAUGACUAUGCUUCACAUUUUUGAUGAGGUUUCUGUGUUUUGUUUUACAAAUCCACCGGAGCAAUUAGGCUGACAUUUUAAACACGCGCUGUGGUUGGUCCCUUGGAGAACACCCCCUCCUUCCUUUGAGAGCUGUAAGAAAACAAAGUCACAUCUGCAUGCGUUCUGCUCUCCUACUUAAAAACACACUUCACACCACCACUACCUUCUC